AUGUCAGUAUGGAAAAAUUUAUUAGAAGGAGACGAGAUUUUCGAUUCACCUUACACUCAGCUUUUCAUGGAGGUUGUGUUUCCAGCUGUCAGAAUCUCAGGGACGAACACGUGGCAAGCGCGGGACCCGGAACCGUUGUUAAGAUUCCUAGAUUCUUGGGAACAGUUACUCCCUCACUCUGCUCUUCAAACCAUACUUGACAACAUUGUCAUGCCUAAGUUAACAUCUGCUGUUGAUUCGUGGGAUCCACGUCGCGAAACCAUUCCGAUACACUCGUGGGUCCACCCAUGGCUUCCGUUGUUAGGUACAAAGCUUGAGAGUUUAUAUCAUACGAUACGGAAUCGGUUAGAAAGUGUUUUGCACGCGUGGCAUCCGAGUGACAUGUCAGCGUACUAUAUUUUGUCACCAUGGAAGACUGUUUUUGACCCAACAAGCUGGGAACAGAUAAUGGUUAGAUAUAUUAUUCCUAAGUUAUUGGGUGUGAUGCAUGAGUUUCAAGUCAACCCUGCGGAUCAGAAGCUUGACCAGUUUUAUUGGGUGAGGAAUUGGGCUUCUGUGAUUCCGAUUCAUCACAUGCUUCAUAUAAUGGAUGUGUUUUUUAACAAAUGGCAAGAGGUUUUGUAUCAGUGGUUAUGUUCAAAGCCGAAUUUUCAAGAAGUGACAAAUUGGUAUUUGGGGUGGAAGGAUUUGAUUCCAGCUGAGCUUUUAUCAAAUGAGCAUGUGAGGUAUCGGUUGAAUAUGGGUUUGGAUAUGAUGAACCAGGCGGCAGAAGGGCUGGAGGUGGUGCAGCCAGGGCUGAGGGAGAAUAUAAGUUACUUGAAGGCGCGUGAACAGAGGCAGUUUGAGGCUCAGAGGGCGGCGGCUGCACAGGCGGCAAAGGGACGGGUGGAUGAGAUGGGUGGUGGUGGUGAUAUGAGUUUGAAGGAGGUUAUUGAGGUUCAUGCACAGCAUAAUAAUUUGUUGUUUAAGCCGAAAGUGGGGAGAAUGCAAGAUGGACAUCAGGUUUAUGGAUUUGGGAAUGUGAAUGUGAUUAUUGAUUCUUUGAAUCAGAAGGUGUUUGCUCAGACUGAUGAUAGGUGGUCUCUUGUGACACUUGAGCAAUUGGUGACACAGGAGAAGAAUUCUGUUGUGAGAAGGCGUUGA